AUGAGCAUUGAGAAGCAAAAGAUGCCGCAUCCAGUCGCCCUGCACACUGUGGCCCGGCUUUUAAUUGUGGGAAGACCCCGCUUGCUUUCCAUCCCGCAGGACUUGAAUUGGCGAGGAGAAUCUUCACCAGCACUGAUUCAUCCCGGGUUGGCAUGGUACCGCCCUCACAGAACUUGCAAUAGGCCAAAGAGAUUGUUAAGGGCAGAUGUAAACCAGCGUCAGAAGUCCUUUUUAGGUGAUAACUACUCGCAUGCCCUCCAACGGAAGAGGUUCAACCACAAGAGCCUCUCCUAUUUCCACCACGGCGUUGGCAGUGGUGAAUUUGAAGUCCUUGAUGGUGAAGGGUGUUUAGACACAGAAAGGACGAUGGAGGAGUAA